UGUAAGAAGUAGCUCACGGGUCUUUUAGCAGCUCCGCAGACUGCCGUGCCCCCUGCUAGCCCACGCUAGCAGGAUGGAGGGAAGGUGUACUCCUUAUCUGAGGAGUGUUUGGGAAGCCUUCCCCCAGCCUGCCAUCCAUCCCGUGCUCUUCCGCGACACCGUGUCCUGAAGGCUCUGGUUUAUUGUAGGUGAGGAUUGAGCAGAGCAGUGCAGCCUGUGGAUGGGACUUAGCAACGGGGAGGAGCUCAGCAUGCGGCAAGAGAAGGGUAUUCUACUGGCAUGGGGUGGAUGCCAUAAGGAGACACAAACACCAUUAAACACAAAUCAAGAUAACAUAAAGAUGGCUUUCUGGAUGCUGUGAUCCACAGUGGAGAUAAUAUCCGAUGGGGCCAUUCACAGGCUGUGAUUUCUUUCUCUCUGCGUAUACUCUGGUGCACUCCAUUUCAACGUGAGCACGGAGGCUGUCUGAGUUAAAGGCUGCUUUUCAAGUCUCGCUCCUUUCCAGACUUCUGCAGGAUCUGGUCUGCGUGGUGUUGGAGGCGGGAAGCUUUGCACCUGUGAGUUUUCCUUCCUGUUCUUGCCCCGGAGUCGAGGGAGCUUUCUCUCUGACAAUGAUGAAGACGGAAGGCAAAGGGGAAAGGACUUUAAGAAGUGCUUCUCCACACAGAAAUGCAUAUAAAUCUGAUUUCCAUGCUAUCAAAUGCUCUUUUGAUGGAGUAAACAAUCCCGAAAACACUUGCAACAAAACAGGCCUUCAGCAGAAGCUAAGCACCUCUUCCAAUGCAGGGGGAAAUGAACCACACAGUCGAGGCAGAGCUGCCACUUAUGGCAAUAGAGUGCACAAGAUCAAAAAUAUGUUUCUGCAGAUGGGAGGCUCCUCUUCCACGCCCUCUUGUGAAAGUAGUCCCCCUGCUGAGACUAAGUUAGUCAGCCGGGCCCCUCCAGCAGAUUACGGACCUUCUCCAGGUAGCCCGUCUUUCCUCAUUGUCCAAAAAAAUAAUCUUCUUAAUACAAGUACCAGCCCCUGCAGCAGUCCUGUGGAUUCGUUGUCUGCGCCUUCUACUGCUGACAAGAUCAUCCGUAGCAGUGAUGAGGCAGACCUGGACAAAGUUGCUCUGGCAGAAAAAUUUUCUGAGACCAGGAAACUAUUUGAGAGAAAUAUAAAACAACGAAGUUCAGGGGACAGAUAUUCUCCUAGCAAAUGUGAAAGAAGUGAGGAUAAGAGGAGACGUGGUUCAGCUUCUCCUGAUUGCAGCAAUGUGGUGGACCAUUUCAGUUUUAAUACAGAAGUGAGUCUUCCGGUUGCCCUGGAGAGAGUUGAAACUCAGGAUAAUGAGGAGCUGAAGCAGCAACAUCCCAACAGUUGUCCCAAAUCCUCCUUCCUGAAUGCAGGACCCAUUUCUAGGAGGCUGGAAAGUUUUCUGGGUGACAGUGAUACUGAAGAAUCCAAAGAAAUGUCCAAAAAUGAUAGUACUUCAAAUCAAGACCGUGUGAGAGGCCAGUGCAGUUCAGAUUCAUCUGCUGCUGCUGAAAGAUCUUCAGAGAAGACUGCAUCCACCAAAGUGCCUGGGAUCACCAGAGAUGAACUGAGCAAGGCACUUGAAAAAGACAAAAGAGAGCAACCACUACUUGAGAGAAAUGUGCAGGAUAUGAGCAGUGUACCUGGUCAGGAGGCUAAGUGGAGAUCAGACAGUAUUCUCUACCAGGUUUCCCCCGUGGAGGGGACUUGCACAGAGCUGGUUGUGCAAGAUGAAACCUCAGGGCAUGAAAAACAGGGUUUGGAGAACAAUCAUGUUGAUCAAGGCGAUCAGCCGCUCAAACAUCAAGCACAGGAAGGGAAGAGGAGUGACUUGGAGGCAGAAGAAGAGCUUACAGAAUGCGGUGAGACCAAUCAGGAAGAAAUAAGAGAUGGGAUGUCUGUGAAAGAGGGUGCAGUUACACAUAUUCAGGAUGUUCAAGAGCAGGAAGGGGACACUGAAGAAGAAGAGGAGGAGCAAGUGGCAGAAAAGCAGAGAGAGAACUUCAGUGCUUUUGGAAUAGAGAAUGAAGCUUUUGAUGAUGAUAGGGAUACAGAGCCAGAAAACCAAGGGCCUGACAGUAAAGAAAUUUUGGAGGGAGAGGAGGAGUAUAUGUAUGAUAGUGAAUAUGAGGAGUUCCCUGGACUUUCUGAAGAGGAAGAUCCUGAGCCAGACCGAAAAGUCAAGUUCUCGACAGCUCCUAUCAAGGUUUUCAGUACUUACUCAAAUGAAGACUAUGAUAGACGUAACGAAGAAGUUGAUCCUGUGGCAGCCUCAGCUGAGUAUGAACUUGAGAAAAGGGUGGAAAAAAUGGAAGUGUUUCCUGUAGAAAUAGAAAAAGGUGACAGUGGUCUGGGCAUCAGUAUUAUUGGAAUGGGAGUUGGUGCAGACCAGGGACUAGAAAAACUAGGUAUUUUUGUAAAAACAAUAACAGAUGGUGGAGCUGCUCAGAAAGAUGGACGAAUUCAAGUCAAUGAUCAGAUUGUUGAAGUUGAUGGUAUAAGUCUAGUGGGAGUUACUCAGUUCUUUGCAGCCACUGUGCUCAAGAACACUAAAGGCACAGUGAGGUUUCUGAUUGGAAGAGAGAAACCAGGGACUCAGAGUGAAGUAGCCCGUCUCAUUAGUGAGACUUUAGAGCAAGAGAGAUGUUUAUAUGAGCAACACUAUGCUCAUGAUGAUACAGAGCAGGAUGUCAUGGUUUUUACAUCUUGCCAGGAUGAUGACUAUGAUGAUGAAGAUACAUUUGAGUCACAUUUGCAUGGGAAAUCUGUAGAAGUUUUUGAUCUUCCUGAAAAUGAAGAUAUCGGUUUACCACUGGAUAUGGAUUCAGCACAGUUUCUUCUUAAGUUUAAAGAGCUACAAUUAAAGCAUGCAGUAACAAUGGCGGAAGUUAAUCAGCUGAAGGAGAAAUUAAAAAUUGUUGAAACAGAAAAAACUGAAUGGGAAUCAAGUCGAGCCCAACUUCAGCAAAACAUAGAAGAAAACAAAGAGAAAAUUAAGAAGUUGGAAACCUACUGGAUAGAGGCACAGAGUUUAUGCAAAACAGUAAACGAGCAUCUUAAAGAAACCCAGGAACAAUGUGAUGCCCUUGAAAAGAAAUACAACAAGGCCAAGAAAUUGCUCAAAGAUUACCAGCAAAAAGAAAUAGAAUUUAUGAAAAAAGAAGAGGAUCAUUCAAGGGUACUUGAAGAGAGAGACCAGAAAUAUGCAGAACAGCUGAAAAUAUAUCAGGAAAAAAUUUCAGAGCUUGAAAACAAACUACAAAUAUAUGAGCAAAUGCCAUAUAUGUUUGGAAGCAGCAGUUUAUUGGAAGAUGUCUGUCAAAAUCCAGGCCAAUUGAAUGAGCCCUCAAAGAUGAGAGAAAAAAAGGAAACAGAGACAGUAGAGGAAAGGUUAGAUUCUACAGAUAUGUUAAUUUCUGAUUUUGAUGCUUUUGUUGGGGAUACUCCCAGAUUAGAUACCAGUGCCCACAAAGCAAAAGCUCAGCUUGCUUUGAAAGUAAAACGCCAGCCACCUUCUCGAUCAAAGCUGAAAGAAUCUCUUGGGGCUGGACAACAGACUGCAAAUCAACAGGAUGAGGAUUCAGAAGAUACUAUUCACAACAGAGAACUUUCCGCUGUGUGCUUAACCAAGACCUUAGAAAUAACUGAAAAGUUAACUCUCUCCCAGUUGGAUGACAUGGAUCAAAAGAGUGAAAAGCCUGAACCAGCAGAAAGCGCAGAAAGUCCUUUAGAGUCAAGCCCUUCUGCUUCCACACAGUCUUCCCCCGUACACAAGCCAAACGGUGAAAACAGCACGAGUACCACACAUUCACCUCCUUCAGAAGAGAUGGUUCCAAACUCUCCUCAAGGGUAUCCCAAGAACGUUAAGCAAAGAGAAGCAAAGGGGAAAGGAAAAGAGGCCAAGGCGGAAGAUAAGAAAAAUGAGGACAAGAUAGUAGAAACAAAUGAAGGAACAUCAUCAGGGAAGUCUAAAAGGAGAUUUCCAGAUUUUGGAGGAUUACGGAAAUCCGGGGGCAAGGGCAAGAAACAGGAAAAAGAAAAUCUGAGAGGUUCUCUGGAUAGCAGAGGUUCCAGAGAACUGUUGGAUGACUCUGGCAACAAUCUAUCUGCAUCAGAUUCGGAUUCCCCUGUACCUACCUGCAUGCCUUUCUCUUGGUUUGGAGACAGUCACAAAGAGCCUCAGGUUUCUAGUAGCAGCCUGCACUUUACUCAGAGUGGGCAGGACAGUUUAUUUGAACAGGGUCAAGAGAAGAACAAAAGCAAGAGUAGAGUUGUCAUAGAUGAUACAUACCAUAGCAAGCCAAGUUGUGAACUUUCAGGGUUAGUGACAGAACCAAAUCUGUCAAGUCGUUCACACACUUUAACCUUCUCUUCAAAUGAGGCAUUAGAUGAUGAAUUUGCAACAACAGGAAAACAAAAUCAAUGGCACAGUAGACCUAUUUCGGAAUGGACAACCCAGCAAGUAUGCCACUGGUUAAUGGGAAUGAACAUGGAGCAGUAUAUUACAGAGUUCACAGCUAUGAACGUAGAUGGACAGCAGUUGAUGCAGCUUGACAGUGAUAAGUUAAAGGCUUUAGGAGUUUCCAGUCAAAAUGACCGAUCAACAAUAAAGAAAAAAAUUAAGGAUAUUAAAAAAACACAAGAAAAACUGGAAAAACAAAAGGAAAAAGUUCAAAAGAAGGAGCGAGAAGUUCGCAAGAGUGGCAGAGUGGUAGCAACUCUUGAAUCAAGCUGCUAAAAUGAUGCCAUUUUAUCUUAGCACAGGCUUGCUUCAUCUUGAAGUUCAGCAGAUUUGUAUAUAACUGUACAAUUGAGGGAGGAGGGAAAGUGCAACAGUCUAACAUGGUAGGGUUUUGGGGUAUUUUUUUGUUUUUUGGGUUUUUUCUCACUUUUUAAUAAUAGUCCCUCCCCAUUACAACCCAUUAAAAUGAAAUAAAUGUUUUCAGUAUUUUUAUUCCUAGUUGACUCUACCUGUACUAAUAGACAAUAAUUUAACUUUCUGCCUUAAGUACUAUUUGAGCUUCUAAGACUGAUUAAAAAACCCCAUAUGCCCUUUUCAUUGAACGUGAUAAAUGUUUGUGGAGAGUAGACUAUUGUAUUAAAAGUCAUUCCAAUAUUAGUCAACUAGCACUUGAUAUAGAGUUGAAUCUGAUAGAGGGACAAUAGAAAAAUCCUGCCAACAAAUUCAGCCUGUGACAGUCUGUUUAUCUGUUGCCACUAAAGUUGUAUAGUAAAAAUUAAGUUUAAGAAAACAGUAAUGUCAAAUUAAUUUAAAAAGAAAGCAUGUAUUUCAAAUUUAUGAAGUAUUUUCUUUAAACUCUUGUAUUUCUCAGUGAUGGUCCAUUUUUUUUAUUCUAAAUCCACUGUAGUAACGCAUUGUUUUUGAAUUCCAUGUGUUGCAAUUUACUGGGAAAAUAACCAGAAAUAUUAAGUAGUUUUUACAAACUACUUGCACUAAUCAUAACAUGAAAUUUUCUGUACACUUCCCUGUUUGGUGUUGGGACAAGGCUCAGACAUAUAAAUAAGAUCUUUUUUAACCUAUUUUUCCUAAAUAAUACAUAGUUUUAUAGUUUAAUACAUAGAUUUAUGCUACGAAUAAGAUCAAUUUGCAAUACAUGUAUUUCUCUUUUCUACUCGCUACAAGAUGUUUGCGGACCAAAUUUAUAUAUUUGCUAAUUUUAAACUAUGCUGUUUUUCAAACUUAAAAUACUGAGGGGAAAAAUUGUAGGAAAAAAUAUCACUGGAGCACUGGGUAUCUGCAUUGUAUUUAAGUGUUUGACUGUAGACUACAGAUUAUUUCUCUUUAAAGGAGGAUUUGAGUCCCAGAAUGGUUUAGAACAUGAAUUGGUGUUUGUAUUUUUACAUACUGUCUUCUAGAGAUACUGCAACAGCACUUCUUUAAUUAGAUUAUUUCAGAAACAUUAAGUAUAAAUUCCAUCAUAGAGUAGACUAGAACACUAGAAGCUUAAAUAAUUAAUUUAUGUGGACCAAGUUCUCCUUUAAAUCUAUGGACUGUUUUUCAUUUUAAUUAAAUGAAUGAACUUCCCAACUGGUGUUUCACAAAUUUUUUUGUAUAAAUACUAUCUUUUCUGAAUUUCAGGAAAAGGACUGUGUGGAAAUGCUCCUGAACACCAUGCAUUUCCAAAAUAAAGGUUAAAAGAACUUGUGGUUAAAAGUCAUUUUCAGUUCUGUGCAUUAAGAAACAGUUAUUUUGUCAAGAUUUAACUGUUAUUUACUUUGUUUCCAGUAGCUUUGAGUUUGUACCCAAAGCUUACAGACUAUGAGCCAGAGGGGAAUAGCUGUCCUAUUGACAGAAGAGAAUUAGGAAAAAUAUGGACUGGCCAGAUCUUUAGUCGUUUGCCUAAAAUUGCACCAUUGCUAAUUCAGCCAAGAGUUUAUUUUUCAGUGAAGUGCUUUCAGCUAGAACUGGGAAUAUUGGUACAACAUGUGUUACCUUACUCUUUUAAGCCAGCUGAGCUUGAUGUUGCACCUUGUGGAGAGUUUGUUUUUCAGGAAACAAGCUAGUAGAAAUAAUGCCUUCAAAGGCUUGCUUGUGUGCAGGGCUCUUGCAGUUGAAUGGGGCUGUAGCAGUGAUGAUAAGCCCACUUGGUACAUGGGCAUAAGAGCACUGACUACCACAGACCACAGCAUUUAACAUCUGUCAGAUGUUAAAUUAGAAAGCUGACUCCACAGAACAAGCUUAGCAUCAAGCCACAAAGAAUCACUCAACUGAAAGUCUAAUUUUUAAAAUUAAUUUUAUUGAAUAAAUGUAGUGAGUUUCAAAAAAAAAAUUAAGUUAACAUAAAUCAAGAUUCAUUUCACAGUGCAAGACUGAGGUCAUUUUCAUUCAAAACUAUGAAUCUCAGCAUUUUGCUAGCUGGGUAUUACACUACUUCUCUACAAUAAUUCACUUUAAACAAUGACUUCACUGCAAUAAGGAAAAUGUAAAAAAAAAAAAAAAAAAAAAAACAAAACACAAAACCCUUCUGAACCAAAGGCUGUAAUCUAUGUAAAUCAAAAGAAAUAGAUUAAACCUAGGAGUAGGAUUAAACAUUGUAAACCAAAAUUUACUACGCUGUUUUCCCCACAAUCAUUGGAGGAGGGGGGAAAAAUGAAGUAUGAGUACAUGGCCAGUUACUCUGAUAAUCAGAAUUCAAUCUGUAGCUAGCUGAGACAGCAUGAAAAGGUUUUUUUUUCAAUAAAAUAUUUCAACAGACUUUCUAGGAAACGUUUUUGUAGCUUUUCUUCAGAAACAUUUCUUAUACUUCUCAGAUAUUCCUAAAAUCAGUUAAGAAGUUAUUUGAAUAGUUUAACAUUUAAAACCUAGCAGAAGAGUGGGAAUAAAGUUCACCUUCAGAAUUGAGGGUUUUAAAAAAAAAAAAAAAACAACAACAACCUUGCUAUAAAGUUCAGCUCUUGUUUUGCAAAGGAAUAGCUGCAAAUGUUUCCUCCAGCUUUCGCAAAUGCCACAUUUUACAGCAAAUGCAAUUUGAAGAAGACAACAGCUAUAGAGUCCUCGCCCUUGUAGCCAUGCAGAUUGAAAGGUAGGUAUAUCAUACAGCCACCACCUAACAUCUUUGUAAAGUAAGUAAAUGAGGGACCUUGCUAAGUGCACACAAGCUUGAGUGACACAGUGAAAUGUGUUGUUCAGGUUACCAUUAAGCUGGAUUAAUCCUCCCUCAGAGUGUCAGUGUACCUGCAAAUGUAGUCAUUCUGCAAUUCAUUCCUAUUAAAGUGAUCCAGGCUAGCUUGAACAGGGUAUAAAACUAUUUUAUUGUUUUGCAGAACUGGGUUAGGAAGGCAGUAGGCAUGAGUUGUUCACAACCUUUAAUCUGGCUCAGCUACAACUAGAAUAGCAUGAUUUAAGGUGUAACGUACCAGCUAUUCCCUUCACUUGUGGUAGUAGCUCUGUCACUAUCUUCUCUAAGCUGCUCUUGUAAGCUAGCAAACUUUAGGUUUAGUCUUUGAGAGGCAUCAUGCAUGUCUGCUAAUACUGAAUCACAGAAGUUGUUGUGAUGUAUUAUCUUGGGAAAAGGCUGAGCGUUUAAACAUCUUUAACUGCAUCAUUGCCAAAAUGUUCAGGAAUGAUAGGAUAAUGUUCAGGAAUGAUAGGAAUCAAGGGUGCAACACAGAUGUGUAUGAUUUGAACAAAAUUGGCACAGUAGGCAUCAAGGGAAGUUGCAUCCUUCAUCAGAGAAGGAUGGUGUAUCUGAAAUGUAAUACUCAGUCUCCUCCCCAAUUUGUUGUUUUGACACUAUACCUCUGACUGAUAGACACAGCCUGCUUAUCUUGUUUAUGUUAUAAUCUAACUUCAAAUUAUUACAUAAACAAGGUCAGAAGCACAUCACAAAUACAAAAGUAUUUUAAAAAAUUGUUAAUUCCACAUUUUUUUUUAAAUACUCCUGAGAAGCUAGUGUCUACUGUCAAAGUAACAGAGAUGCCCUAGUAAGGGCAAAUUUAAAAAAAAAAAAAA